UUGAAACUAAUGUGGUCAGCGUCCAAUGUCGAGGAUUUACAGAGCUAUUUAUUGUGAGGAUUUAUUUACCACUACAGACCAUUUGAGGUAUAAGACAACAGGUCUCGGGUUUUGGCGCGAAAUUCACUCAUCCGCUAAGUACAGUUUUGGCGUUGUAGCUAAUGUCAGUUCGUGAUGAAAACUCUAAAUCUAAUUCCUGACAUAAACCAUGAACUGCAAAUCACAAUUCUAAUUCCUCACACUGGAUUAUGACUCUCAUUUGGUCCUAAUUAUUAAAUGGACAUUCUCAGGGUUACUUUAGCGUCGCUCAAAGGUCGUCCAUAAAUUAUAGUCUUACUGUUAUAUAUAUAUAUAUAUAUAUAUAUAUAUAUAUAUAUAUAUUCAACCAGCAAUUAGUGGCUAUGGACUGGCUCCAUAUCCUUUUGUUACUCAACCCCGAGGUUGAGAUCUCAUUGGCUUAGUCAUUUCCGACUGUGAUCAAAGAAAAAGGUUACUUCAACCACUGAAUUCCUGGUGAUAUAAACCAACAGUUGAAGAUGCUAAGUGAUAUGCCUCGGAGUUAAUCACAAUUAAGCCUGGAAUGUAUCUACAUUGCUCAUAACUGAAGCGCACUUUUAGUAUACUAAAAGUUCAGAUCAAUACUAUAGUAUUGAUCUGAACAUUUAAUUUUCUGUUAGUCACGAACUCUUACUCAUCUCCAGUUAUCGUUUCAUGUUUCUCAGCCAACAGUGAUCACAAAGCAUUUAGUGGACGUAAAAAUCGGCAUGAACAGUUUUUACCACAAUUUACCGAAAAUUGAGUUGCAUGCCCACCUUUCUGGGAGUAUUAGUUCGGCGUUUUUGAAGCGUGAAUCAAUUACCAACCGUGAUGUUCAGAACAUUAAUCCAGGUUUUGAUUUUGAAACAUGGAACGGGGAUGUGAAUAGGUGUUUUGAUGCUUUCCGAACAAUCCACAAAUUAAUUGAAACGCCAGAGAUUUUGGAGAGAGCUACAACUUCCGUUAUUGAAGAAUUUCAUCAAGAAAACGUCAUUCUUUUGGAAUUGAGGACUACGUUACGACCAAUUCCAACUCAUCGUUCUUAUUUGAAUGCGGUAAUCAGAGGAAUACAGAAUGCACCGAGUGUACUUGAUAAUAAAAUAUAUGUGACAUUAAUACUAUCUAUAGACAGAUCUAAAAGUCUUGAUGAAGCGUUACUCACUUUAGAGUUAGCAAAGGAAUACUAUUCCAAUGGAUUGGUAUCAGGCAUUGAUCUCAGCGGAAAUCCACUAGUAGGUUCAUCUGUUUAAAAAUUCCUAAUGACUUAAUUUUCAUAAUCUCAUAUUUGAUUGUACUUCCUCUACUAAAUUGAUCCAUAACUCA